CUGGAGCCGCGUUCACUGCCCGUUCACUGCACGUCGGAAGUCUCCGGGAAUGAACUUUAUUUAGGACGCAUCCCUCCUGCAGGACGAAGGCGGGGAGGAGGACGAGGAGCAUGGGGGCCGGCGGGGUCCCUCCCCCCCGAUGGCUGCCCUGGCUCCGCCUGCUGGGCCUCGUCUCUCUGGCGUCGGCCCUCAACCCGGACGACCCCAACGUGUGCAGCCACUGGGAGAGCUAUGCGGUGACGGUGCAGGAGUCCUACGCCCAUCCAUUCGACCAGGUCUACUACACCCGCUGCACCGACAUCCUCAACUGGUUCAAGUGCACCCGGCACAGGAUCAGCUACAAGACGGCGUACCGGAGAGGCGUGAGGACGAUGUACAGGCGGCGCUCUCAGUGCUGCCCCGGCUUCUACGAGAGCGGAAGCCUUUGUGUUCCCUUGUGCACUGAGGAAUGUGCUCACGGACGCUGCGUCUCUCCGGACAUCUGCCAGUGUGAGCCGGGCUGGGGGGGCCGGGACUGCUCCAGUGGCUGUGAGAGCGACUUCUGGGGGCCCCACUGCAGCAACCGCUGCCAGUGCCGCAACGGGGCCAAGUGCAACCCGAUCACCGGGGCCUGCGUCUGCACCGACGGCUUCCAGGGCUGGCGCUGCGAGGAGGCCUGCGACCCCGACCUCUACGGCAAGGACUGCGGGCUGGAGUGCCAGUGCCUCAACGGCGCCACCUGCCAGCAUCAGACCGGCGAGUGCCUGUGUGCGCCGGGAUACACCGGGGCCUUCUGUGAGGAGGCGUGUCCUCCCGGUAGACACGGCGUCCUGUGUGAGCAGCGCUGUCCCUGUCAGAACGGAGGGGCGUGUCACCACGUCACCGGGCACUGCUCCUGCCCCGCCGGCUGGGUGGGUCCGGUCUGCGCCCAGCCGUGCUCCUUCGGCUCCUUCGGCAUCAACUGCUCGGAGGAGUGCACGUGUCGUAACGCCGGGCUGUGCGACCACGUCAGCGGUCAGUGCCAGUGCGGCGCCGGCUACAUCGGAGAGCGGUGCCAGGAUGAAUGCCCGGUCGGCGCUUACGGGCCGCAGUGCGCCCACAAGUGUGACUGUCAGAACCGGGCCAAGUGCUACCACGUGAACGGGGCCUGCCUCUGCGUCGAGGGCUUCAAGGGCCCGAGCUGCCGGGACCGGUACUGCCCGGCGGGUCUGUACGGACCGGCCUGCGACCGGCACUGCCCCUGCAAAGCCGGCAACACCCUCAGCUGCCACCCUCUGUCGGGGGAGUGCACCUGCGCGGCGGGGUGGGCGGGGCUCUACUGCAACGAGACGUGCCCGGCGGGUCUCUACGGCGACGGCUGCGGCGAGCCGUGCGCCUGCGCCAACGGGGCGGACUGCGACGGCGUGGCGGGAGGCUGCCUGUGCGCUCCGGGCUUCAUGGGGGACGACUGCUCCGUCAGCUGCCCCGCCGGCCUCUACGGGACCAACUGCACCUCCUCCUGCUCCUGCCUCCACGAGGCCUCCUGCUCGCACCUCGACGGCUUAUGCUUCUGCAGCGAAGGCUGGCAGGGCGUGUCCUGCUCCGUCCCCUGCUCCAGCGGCUCUUGGGGGCGGGGCUGUAAUCAGACGUGCGGCUGCAGCAACGCGGCGUCCUGCGACCCCGUCAGCGGCGCCUGCGCCUGCUCGCCGGGCUGGAGGGCGGAGCUCUGUGACCUGCCGUGUGCCGAGGGGGCGUUCGGGCCCGGCUGCUCUCAGACCUGCGACUGCCUCCACGCCGCCGGCUGCGACGCCGUGAGCGGAGACUGCCGCUGCAACGCAGGGUGGACAGGUGUGCACUGUGACAGUGUGUGUGAGGAGGGUCUCUGGGGUCCCAACUGCUCCUCCAGCUGCACCUGUGAGAACGGAGGCUCCUGCUCCCUGGAGGACGGCAGCUGUGUGUGUGCACCGGGCUACCGCGGCACCACCUGCAGACGAGCGUGUUCUCCUGGUUUCUAUGGUAACCGCUGCACUCAGUCCUGCCCCCAGUGCGUCCACAGUGAGGGGGCGUGUCACCACGUCAGCGGCCAAUGCCAAUGUCUGUCCGGCUUCUCGGGCUCGCUCUGCAACCAAGUGUGUCCAGGUGGGAGGUUCGGUAAAGCGUGUGCAGAGCCGUGCUCCUGCACCAACAACAGCACGUGUAACCACAUCGACGGCUCCUGUCAGUGCUUCCCGGGAUGGAUCGGAGGGAACUGCUCCAAGCCGUGUCCUCAGGGCUCUUGGGGUCCGGACUGCAUCCACACAUGUAACUGUCACAACGGAGCCGAGUGCAGCGCCACAGACGGAGAGUGUGACUGCAGCUCUGGGUGGACGGGACUGUUCUGCACUCAGCGAUGCCCUCCUGGUUUCUAUGGCGACCGCUGUGCCGAGGUGUGCCGCUGUCAGAACGGGGCGAACUGCGACCACGUGGGCGGAGCCUGCUCCUGCCGGACGGGCUUCAUCGGGCUCAGCUGCGAGCUCAAGUGUCCUGCGGGGACGUUCGGCUACGGCUGCCAGCAGCUCUGUGAGUGCAUGAACAACGGAACCUGUGACUACGUGACGGGAACCUGCUACUGCAGCACCGGAUACAAGGGGAUCCGCUGUGACCAGGCGGCUCUGAUGAUGGAGGAACUGAACCCCUACACCAAGAUCAGCCCGGCUCUGGCCACCGAGCGCCAGUCGGCCGGCGCCGUCCUGGGCAUCGUCUUCCUGCUGCUGCUCAUCACGGCCAUGUUGGGCCUGGCGGUCUGGUUCCGCUACCGGCAGAGAGAGAAAGGCCAGCCGGUGCCGAGCGUCACCUUCACGCCGGCCCUGCACGUCAACGCCGCCGACUACUCGCUCUCAGCAGGGCUGCCGUGCUCUGGCCUGCUCUCCUCUCCAGAGUCCCCCAGCAGCAGCUGCUUCUCCAACCCCGGCUACCGGACCCUCGGGCCCUGCAGCUACGCCCACUAUGCUAAGCCGGACAAGAGGGGCGUGGCCAAGGUGAAGAAGAAGAAGAGCCACAGGAACAGCGCUCCGGAGUGGGGGGGGGGCGCUUACUGCAACCUCAGCGGCGUUUACUGCAUCGACCGGUGCUUCAGCUGCAACGUGGAGCCGCGCUUCAGAGACUACAUGAAGGGCUCGCUGUCCAGCUGCUCCCUGAACAGCGAGAACCCGUACGCCACCAUCAGCGACGCCAAACCCUCCGAGAGCAGCUACGUGGAGAUGACGUCACCGGCUCACCGCGACCACAUGACGCGCUGCUGCUCCGCCGCCAACGGAGCCAACGCCAUCGGCAACGCCACCGCCGCCACGGCCAACCCCAAGAACGUCUACGACAUGGAACCGACCGUCAGCGUCAUCCAGACCGCCGGGGGCCGCGUGCUGGUUCCGGGUUUCCCUCAGAACCCGUACGACCUGCCCAGGAACAGCCACAUCCCGAGCCACUACGACCUGCUGCCGAUGCGCCCGAGCCCCCCGCCGGCCGGCAGCCCCACCAGCUCGCUGCUCUAGACCCCCGAGCCCCCCCCCCAGACUGGACCCUGGACCGGUGCUCCUGGUUCCUCCAGAGAAACCCCUGUCUGAUCGCUCAGCGCCGUGUCGUUUGUGUCAUAUUGUGAAUUCCUGCUAAACAGAUGGAAAUAUUAACGCACAAAGUGGAACUUUAUUUAACGGAGAAGCAAAGAGACGAAAUGUAUCUGAGGGGGUUCUGGAGGGUUCUGGAGUCAAAGACCAGACUGAGGCCCACUCCGGAUCCACACGUCUCAAUUGAGAAGGAACGUAUAAAUAUCUUCAGAGACGUGCUCAGAGAUGCACUUCCUGUCCCUUUCUGGUAUUUUUACACGUGGUUUCUUAUUUCCCGUUUACAUAUUCACGGGCCGGACGGGUCCGCGCGUUCUCUCUUUUUCUAAGUGGCUGUAGACCGAGCGGCGUGCCAGUAGUUAUUGUUGUGAGUUAUUUUUCUGUCGGUGUCGAGAUUAAUACCCGUGCAUGCCAAAGAUUAUUGGAGGUAUCGUAUUUAGCCGUGAACAUCCUGAUUGUUAUUAUUAUCUUAUCCGAUCUGAAACACGACGUUCCCGAUUCUUGUUCCCCGCUCAUCGUUUUGGCUUUUGAGACGUGGAGCCGCGACCACGCCGUGUCCUCCGACCGGAGAGCUUCAGUCGCCUGUAAAAUUGCUCAAAUGAUUAAGCAAUUUUUUAAAGAAACUAUGAAUUGAGUUAAUUGUUUUCAUCACAUGACUGAUCAGCUGUCGGCAUUUCUUGCAUGUAUAUAUAUAUAUAUUUAUGUUUAUUGUUUUCGUAGACAUGAAACUAUUACAACUAAUUCCUGAAGAUGAAUCAGAUUCCACCUUGUGGCCAAACGGUGGAAUUACAACUUCCAAAAAGAGACAAGCGUAAAACACUUAGAUAGCCCUUAUUUAAAUGAUUAGAUCCUUAAAGUUAUUAUAGAGUUCUUUAAUUGUCUCUGUUAUGAGAAAUAGAAGCUUGGAGGCAGGACUAAAGAAAACCUCUUCACCUCCUGUUUACCGGCGGAUUGACGCCAUGUGACUUCUCACCAAACUACUGCAGUUGAUUUCCUCCAAACCAGUUGAUGGAAAAGCGUUCGCUCUUCUUCUUUUGCUUCAAGUUUGCGUCUCAAUUGAAAGAAAACAUGUUUAAUGAAUUAAUGUCAUAACGGAAAAUCUGAAUUUCUGUUCCCAAACAUAAUGAAAAUGUGUUUCUAAUCUCCCCGUUUCCGUAUGAAACAGAGAUGUACUUCAUCACACGAGUUACUUUUGUUAAAAAAUGCUGACAAUUAUAUUUUGUCCAACAGCAAUAACACGUUGACAUGCAUUAUUGCCCCUGGUGUUUGCUUCCCUUUGUUCCAUCGUCUCUGAUCAAUGUUUCAGCUUCAGUAGACGUCGUGUCGGUCUUUUUGUUUUCAUGCCCUAAACUCAAUAAAGUUGUCGUAGCUCAGGGA